CGGCAUGUCCAGCAGAGGCAAGGGCGGGAAGGGGCUCAGCAAGGGGGGCGCCAAGCACCACCGCAAGGUGCUGCACGACAACAUCCAGGGCAUCACCAAGCCAGCCAUCCACUGCCUGGCUCGGCGCGGCGACGUGAAGCGCAUCUCGGGGCUCAUCUACGAGGAGACGCGCGGCAUGCUGAAGGUCUUCCUGGAGAACAUGAUCCGCGACGCCGUCACCUACACCGAGCACACCAAGAGGAAGACAGUCACGGCCAUGGACAUGGUCUACGCCCUCAAGCGCCAGGGACGCACCCUCUACGGCUUCGGCGGCUAAAGCUUUCCGCCCCCGGACCAUCUCGAGAACCCAAAGGCUCUUCUAA